AAACCAAUGUCAAUCGUCGACGUCCCCCCGCCUUUCGCCCAAGUAAACCUCCCGCCCGUCGAGGAAUAUCGCAAGCGUAAAGUCGCACUCAUCUCUGGGAUCACUGGGCAAGAUGGAUCUUAUCUAACCGAAUUCUUGCUGGCCAAGGGCUACCAAGUCCAUGGUAUCAUCCGCAGGUCGUCCAGUUUCAAUACUGGUCGUCUCCACCACCUCUACGAAGACCAGCAUGAAAGACCGAAUAAGUUCAAAUUGCACUACGGCGAUUUAGGCGAUAGCACCAAUCUCGUCUAUAUCAUCGCCCAAGUCCAGCCCACGGAAGUUUACAACCUCGGUGCUCAAUCUCACGUCAAGGUCUCUUUCGAGAUGGCAGAAUACACAGGCGACGUUGACGGCCUCGGGACUCUUCGCCUCCUCGACGCUAUCCGUACAUGUGGUCUUGAAAAGCACGUCCGCUUCUACCAAGCAUCCACAUCCGAACUAUACGGAAAGGUGGUCGAAACACCACAGAGCGAAACCACGCCCUUCUACCCUCGUUCCCCUUAUGGUUGCGCCAAGCUGUAUGCCUACUGGAUUUGUGUCAACUACAGGGAAGCGUAUGGUAUGUUUGCGUGUAACGGUAUCCUUUUCAACCACGAGAGCCCUAGACGGGGCAGGACCUUCGUGACGAGGAAGAUUACCAGGGCCGUGGCGGACAUCAAGUUGAACAAACAAUCUUGCCUGUACUUGGGUAAUCUAGACGCUUUGCGUGACUGGGGUCAUGCCCGUGACUAUGUCGAGGGGAUGUGGUUGAUGCUUCAACAAGACAAAGCAGAAGACUUCGUCCUGGCCACUGGAGAAACCCACUCAGUCCGCGAGUUUGUCGAAAAGGCGUUCGCUGUUGUAGGCACGAAGAUAAGAUGGGAAGGCAAGGGUGUCGAUGAGCAUGCCAUUGACGUUGACACUGGCAACGUUGUAGUUCGAGUUGAUCCCAGAUACUUCCGACCUGCCGAAGUCGACUUGCUGCAUGGUAACCCCGCCAAGGCUGAACGCGUUCUCGGAUGGAAGCGCAAGGUAGACUUCGACAGCCUCGUCAAGGAGAUGGUCGAGGCCGACCUCAAGGCUGCAGCUAGCCUCGUCGAGGACCAAAACUAGUGUAAUGAUUUGUACAGUUAGCAUUCUUCGCGAUUCGUCACCACCUUUUUGGGCUCGAUAAUACACGGACCACCAUUUUACCCACUGUAGUAGUAAUUCCCCCAUGGCCGUUGGUAUUUGAUUAGGAUUACAUUGUAGAUUGUAUAAUAGGUCGCAUAGUCAACCCAGUCGAGGGUAAUUAUAAUAGCGUAUGCACAAUG